AUGGCAGUCUUACGGAAAGGUUUUUUGGAAGGUAUGGCCUCACCUGGAGAGCUUUCCUCACCCCAUUUGCCACACUCAGGUGCCAGGAGCACAUCAGCUGUGGUGGCAGUGUCACCUCGCACAGGUGGCAGGCAUGUUGUAUCACUGCCCAGCACAAUGUCAGUGCAGCAUUCAGAUAAGUGCCACAGUCGUGGCCUGAAACGUAAGAUCGACAAUGAUGACAGCAGUAGCGGCAUGCCAUUGAGCAAGAAGCACGCACCAGCUAUUCACAUAGCUGUGGUGGCAGUGUCACCUCGCACAGGUGGCAGGCAUGUUGUAUCACUGCCCAGCACAAUGUCAGUGCAGCAUUCAGAUAAGUGCCACAGUCGUGGCCUGAAACGUAAGAUCGACAAUGAUGACAGCAGUAGCGGCAUGCCAUUGAGCAAGAAGCACGCACCAGCUAUUCAAUACAAGGAGACUAGUACCAGUGGCUCAGCCAAAAAAGGUGUUUCCUGCAGUGUUGAAUACCAAAUAGUCCAACACGAAGUGCUGUCCUCUACAUCUAGCAAGUAUGAAAUCCUACAGGUCCUAGGUUCUGGGGCUUUUGGGCAAGUAGUUAAGUGUAUGAAACAAGACACCUCUGAGGUUGUCGCUGUCAAGAUCCUGAAAAACCACCCAUUUUUAGCUGAGCAGAGAAUGAAUGAACUUAAUAUCCUGGCCUUUCUAAAUGCUGAAGGUGCAUACAACUAUAACUGUGUGAAGGCUUUCGAGUCCUUUGAACACAAGGGUCACAUCUGCAUUGUUCAGGAAAUGUUAGGACAGAGUCUUUAUGACUUUUUGGAGCAGCGGCAGUUCAGACCCUUGGCCCUCAGACACGUGCGAUAUAUCUUAGAGCAGUUAGCCACAGCACUGAUGAAACUGAAGAACCUUGGCUUGAUACAUGGAGACCUCAAACCAGAAAACAUAAUGUUAGUGGAUCCUGUCAGGCAGCCUUAUAAAAUCAAAGUUAUCGACUUUGGUUUAGCAUUCCAGUACUCCACAGCAGAACAUCCAGCUUAUUUACAACCCAGAUUUUACAGAGCUCCAGAGAUUAUCCUUGGUGUGCCAAAUUGGGAAGCAAUUGAUAUGUGGUCUGUUGGCUGUAUCAUUGCUGAACUGUUUCUGGGAUAUCCGUUAUAUCCUGGGGCUUCAGAAUAUGACCAGAUCCGAUAUAUAACAGACACUCAAGGUGUGCCAGAGGAGAGUUUGCUGAAUCAGGGGAAGAAGACAGGACUCUAUUUCUGCAAGACUCUAGACUCUGCACAUCCACAGUGGAGGCUGAAGACCCCAGAAGAAUAUGUUGCAGGAGCAGUAGGAGCGAAACCACCAACGGAGACAAGAAAGUACAUUUUUCACUGUUUGGAUUGCAUCACAGCGACUUUGCAGGCUUUGUCUCGUUGA